ACUGUACAGAGAGCCAACAUGGAGGCCGAAGAGAGGGGAAGGAGCGGAGUCUCCGGUAAAAUCUCUAAAAAAGGUGGGAAACGCGUCAAAGCACUGACUGCUGAAGAAGAAGCAAGAAGGCGGGAGGUGGUGAAGGAGAAGUUAAGGGAGAAGUUGGAGCUGGAGAGAAGAGCCCUGAAGAUCGUGGAGCGACUCCUGGAGGACAGUGUGGCUGAAGACUUCCUCGUUGACUGCGCAAAGUUCAUCACUCCUGCUAAUUACAAAGACACGGUAGAGGAGAGGUCCAUUGCUAAACUGUGUGGUUAUCCCAUAUGUUCAAAUAAACUUGUCAAGAUCCCAACGCAACAGUUUAAAAUUUGUACUAAGACCAAUAAGGUGUACGACAUCACAGAGCGCAAGUGUUUUUGUAGUAACUUCUGCUACAAAGCCUCCAAAGAGUUUGAGCUACAAAUAUCCAAAACACCUCUUUGGCUGCGGCAGCAUGAGAGUCCUCAAGAAAUUAAACUGAUGAAGAAAGGAGAUGGUGGGAGUUCUGGUGAGGAGGUGAUGCUAUCAGAGAGGCGUCUCCAAGAGGAGGACAUCGAGAAUCCUGCUCAACCCGAGGACCCCCACAGCUCUCAGCAGGGUCCUGCUGCAGCAGACCUCAGCCACAGUGAAGGCAGUGACACCGAACAGGAGCAGGACUUUGUCUCCAGCGUGGUUUCCCAGCGGCAGGGACCCAGGGUGCACUGGGCUGACCAGCCUAAAUGUACAGAUGAAGACGAGACAGGUGAGCGAGGGAAGACGGAGAGGCAAAAGAAACAGAGAAGAGAGGGAGGUAAAGAGGAGAUUAAGGGUCAGAGUCAGGGCGCAGAGAGGGAGGGAGAAGGUGGCAACAGACAGGAGUCACUUUCAUUUCAAACAAAAGCUGAAAAACGGCUGCACUCAUUAACCACAGACAGAACCAAUGGAGAGCAGGUGCUCGAGGAGAGAGGCCUGCCUCACAAACCCUGUGUGGACGAGGCUGCGGCCCAGCUGAAUUUGUGCAGUCUAUCUGAGACAGUUGGUCACGCUGCUCCCCCGCCUGUUGACUCAACAGCUGCACAGGCAGAACACACAAAUCUACUCACUUCUCCACCAUGUCAAGACUUAAACAGCUCAACAGAAAACAAACAUCUCCCCUCUACACCCCUGAUAAACAUGAAUCAGGAUGACAAGGACACAACAUUGACCAGCCAGCCAGGUCUCAACAUCACCCAUGUGGGUAUGAGCAAGAGAGGGGCGUCUGGGCUACGAGAUCUACUCAAGAGCCACACAACUGGAGGCAAACCCAACUCCAUCCGGCUGAAUCUCCUCGAGUGCCUGAGAAGAACGUUGAAGGAGUGGAGCACAGACGAGACUCUGAGGUUUCUGUACGGUGCUCACCACUCACUAGGCUCGCCUUACGCUGAAGAAGAAAAAGAAGUAGAGGAGGAAGAGGAGCUGGAUGAAGACGACCUUGAGGAUGGGGUGACUGAUGAGGAUGCAGAGGGGGUCGAUGCUGCAGUGCAGAAGAGGCCUUCUGCUGCAGCUCCGCACUACGAGACGCUGCGGCAGGAGACCGAGCAGCUGGAGCUGAGAGUCAAAGAGUUUUAUAAGGGGACCUGGAUUCUACCUGAGGAGGAAGUGGAGCCGCAUGGAAACAAGCAGGUGACAGUCCAGGACCAGAGCACGAAGGACCCAGCUCUGCCACUCGUCGACUCUCAUGCUCAGCACCUCAUCCAAAAACGGAUCACAGUGGAGAAGCUCACCAGCUGUCUCAGAAACAUUGUCGGCCCUCUGUGUCUCACCAUGAGCGACGUCUCCACUGACCUGAACGACCUGGUUCGGACAUUCAGGUUUACCAACACAAACAUCAACCAUAAAACUCCCGAGUGGACCCUCAUUGCUGUCGUGCUUCUUCAUCUGUUGGCAGAGGUGUCUCUGGUGGUGCGAGAAGCCCUGGAGACACGAGCGUCAGCAGAGUAUUUGAACACACUGAUGGAGGAGCUCGGUCUACAGGAGCAGGACCUUCUGAACUUAGUGCGGCUGUUUAAAACCCCAACACACAAACACUUAGACAGACCCUGACAUAGGAAUAGUUAAUAUACAUUCAUUAAAUCUGAUACAGGAGGGAGUCUGCAGCAGUGAUGGAGUGUAAACAAAGUACAUUUAUCCAAGUACUAUACUUAGGUACAAAAGUGAGGUACUUCCUUCUCAUGACACUUCCUG